GGGAGGGAGUAACGCAGGCUGGGAGGAGGCGGGAGUAAGGCGGGACCAGGGGUGUGACCCGCCGCGGGCCCUGUCCUCAGUGCCUGUCCAAGCCCUGCCGAUGCCGCACCUGCCUCGGGCCUCUUUCCGGCCCUGGGGGCUGAGGCCCUCACGGGGCCUCCCCGGGUCCCAUGCCCUUUCUACCCAGUCCGAGCCCUACGGGUCCCCCACCUCCCGGAGGAACCGCGAAGCCAAACAGAAACGCCUGCGAGAGAAGCAGGCGGCGCUGGAGGCCGGGCUAGCCGGGAAGAGCAAGGCGCCUGCAGAAUCCAGUAAGGCCUGGACUCCUAAAGAAAUAGUGUUGUAUGAACUCCCCACGGAACCCGGCGAAAAGAAAGAUGUCUCCCGGCCCCUGCCUGCUGCCUACAGCCCCCGCUACGUGGAGGCGGCCUGGUACCCUUGGUGGGUGCGAGAGGGCUUCUUCAAACCCGAGUAUCAGACCAGGCUGCCCCAGAGCACGGGGGAGACCUUUUCCAUGUGCAUCCCCCCUCCCAACGUCACCGGGUCCCUGCACGUCGGGCACGCACUGACUGUGGCCAUCCAGGACGCGCUUGUGCGCUGGCACCGGAUGCGCGGGGAUUGUGUGCUGUGGGUCCCUGGCUCAGAUCAUGCAGGGAUUGCUACCCAAGCUGUGGUGGAGAAGCAGCUGUGGAAGGAGCGGGGGCUGAGGAGACACGAGCUGGGCCGGGAAGACUUCCUCCGGGAGGUGUGGAAGUGGAAGGAGGACUUCCAGAGGCUGGACCAAUGCUGCACUCCUCCCAGCCCCCAGCGUGGCUGGGUGUCCCUGGGCCUGGUCGUUGGUGCUCGGGACAUGUUUGCUGACAAACCUCUCUGGGCACAGGAAAGGGGGAGAGAUCUGUGGGCAGCUGCGAGCUCUGGGGGCCUCCCUGGACUGGGACCGAGAGUGCUUCACUAUGGACGCAUGGCUGUGACGGAAGCUUUCGUGCGACUCCACAAGGCAGGGCUGUUGUACCGCAGCCGGCAGCUUGUCAACUGGUCGUGCGCUUUGAGGUCAGCCAUCUCGGAUGUCGAGGUGGAGAGCCGGUCCCUGCCUGGCCCCACAGAGCUUCGGCUGCCUGGCUGCCCCACCCCUGUGUCUUUUGGCCUCCUGGUCUCUGUGGCCUUCCCCGUGGAUGGAGAGCCUGACGCAGAGGUCGUCGUAGGGACCACGAGACCGGAGACAUUGCCUGGAGACGUGGCAGUGGCUGUUCAUCCCGAUGACGCCCGAUACACACAUCUACAUGGGCGACACCUUCGUCACCCCUUGACAGGGCAGCUUCUCCCGCUCGUCACAGACUCUGCUGUCCAGCCGCACGUGGGCACGGGGGCAGUGAAGGUGACUCCAGCGCACAGCCCUGCUGACGCCGAGCUGGGGGCCCGCCACGGCCUGCGCCCCCUGAGUGUCAUUGCGGAGGAUGGGACCAUGGCCCCUGCCUGUGGGGACUGGCUGCAGGGUCUGCACCGCUUCGUGGCCCGGGAGAAGAUCCUGUCCACGCUGAGGGAGCGGGGCCUGCUCCGGGGCCUCCAGAGCCACCCCAUGGUGCUGCCCAUUUGCAGGGCGCGGGCCUGGCACCUCGAGGGCCCCGGAGCCCUGGGGCGAGGCCAGGGCUGGGCCAGGGCUCAGCCCUCUCCCUUUCAGCCGCUCGGGGGACGUGGUGGAGUACCUGCUGAAGAGCCAGUGGUUCGUCCGCUGCCGGGAGAUGGCGGCCCGUGCUGCGCAGGCUGUGGAGUCGGGGGCCCUGGAGCUGAGCCCAUCCUUCCACCAGAAGACCUGGCAGCUCUGGUUCUCCCGCACCGAGGCCACGGGGAGGACUGCUGGGUGGUCGGGCGGACGGAGGCUGAGGCCAGGGAGGCAGCUGCAGCGCUGACAGGGAGGCCAGGCGCCGAGCUGACCCUGGAGCGCGACCCCGAUGUCCUGGACACGUGGUUCUCUUCAGCUCUUUUCCCCUUUUCUUCCCUGGGCUGGCCCCAGCAGACCCCAGACCUCACUCGCUUCUACCCCCUGUCACUUCUGGAGACCGGCAGUGACCUCCUGCUGUUCUGGGUGGGCCGCAUGGUCAUGCUGGGGACCCAGCUCACGGGGCAGCUCCCCUUCAGCAAGGUGCUUCUGCACUCCAUGGUUCGGGACAGGCAGGGCCGGAAGAUGAGCAAGUCCCUGGGGAACGUGCUGGACCCACGGGACAUCAUCCGAGGGGCAGAGCUGCAGGUGCUGCAGGAGAAGCUGAGGGAUGGGAACUUGGACCCCACAGAGCUGGCGAUCGCGGCUGCAGCGCAGAGAAAGGACUUCCCUCAUGGGAUCCCCGAGUGUGGGACAGAUGCCCUGCGCUUCGCCCUGUGCUCCCAUGGGGCCCUGGCGGGGGACCUGCACCUGUCUGUCUCUGAGGUCCUGAGCUCCCGACAUUUCUGCAACAAGGUCUGGAACGCCCUGCGCUUUAUCUUCAGCGCCCUAGGGGAGAACUUCACGCCGCAGCCUGCAGAGGAGCUGUGCCCCGCGUCCCCCAUGGACGCCUGGAUCCUGAGCCGCCUGGCCCGCACCGCCCGGGAGUGCGAGCGAGGCUUCCUCACCCGGGAGCUGCCCCUUGCCACCCAUGCCCUGCACCACUUCUGGCUCCACAGCCUCUGUGAUGUCUACUUGGAGGCCGUGAAGCCGGGGCUGUCGCACGGCCCCCGCCCGCCUGGGCCGCCUCAGGUGCUAUUCUGCUGUGCGGACGUCGGUCUCCGCCUGAUGGCCCCGUUCAUGCCCUUCCUGGCCGAGGAGCUCUGGCAGAGGCUGCCCCCCGGGCCGGGCGGCCCCCGCGCCCCCAGCAUCUCUGUUGCCCCCUAUCCCAGUGCCCAAAGCCUGGAGCGCUGGCACCGCCCCGAGCUGGAGCGGCGCUUUUCCCGGGUCCAGGAGGCCGUGCAGGCGCUGAGGGCUCUCCGGGCCACGUACCAGCUCACCAAGGCCCGGCCCCGAGUGCUGCUGCAGAGCUCCGAGCCUGGAGAGCAGGGUGUCUUCGAGGCCUUCCUGGAGCCGCUGGGCACCCUGGGCCGCUGCGGGGCUGUGGGCCUCUUGCCUGCAGGUGCAGCCGCCCCCUCCGGCUGGGCCCAGGCCCCGCUCAGUGACAGCGUGCAGGUCUACAUGGAGCUGCAGGGCUGGUGGACCCGCAGGCCCAUCUGCCUCUGCUGGCUGCCCGAAGGCACAAGUUGCAGAAGCAGCUGGACGACUUAUGGCCCGGAACCCCGUCAGAGGGGGAGGCCGAGGCUCGGCGGCAGCAGAGGCUUUCUUCCCUCCACCUGGAAUUGUCGAAACUGGACCAGGCGGCCUCUCACCUCAGGCAGCUGAUGGCUGUGUCUCCCAGCCCCAGGGAACCGUGAGCCCUUGCACCUGGCGCUUCUCCGCCCGCCAGACCUGCCUGUGAGGACAGACUGAUCCCGCAGCUGCCGGCAAGGGGGCCUCGGAAUCCAUGUGGUGCCCCUCGCUCCCGGGAGCAGAGCAGCGUGGCCACUCGGUGCUCGCACUCCUGCCGCUGCCCCUGUGCAGCCCCACCUGGAAGCUUGGGCACGAGGAAGGCAGAUAAACUUAGUCUCAAACACG